UCGCGCUCUCUGGUGUUCAAUGGGGAACGCACACCGCUCGCGCAGCCCAGAACACCCUACUCACAAACACACACUCUCUCACACACACUCACACACAUACACACACAUACACACACGCUCCCCUCGCGACAACAACAAUGGCAAACCCUGGUGUGUUUUGAUAGGCUAUCUGUGACUGGAACUGGACAGUCCGCCUGCUAUCUCGAUAUCUCCGCGGUUAGUGUUAGUGGAACGGGCGUGUUUUAAUUUUUAUGCAAAAGUGUUAGCGCCGAUUAUUAUUUUUCUUUUUUUUUUAACCUUUCUUCGAAAAUGUGCGAGGCGCUGUCCGUGAGCUCACACAGUCUGUGUAUGUGUGGCUAGCUGAGCUCGUCACUGCUGCUUUUCUGCGGGGCUAACGCACAGCUACUAGCUGCCUUUCACUCGGUAGUUAGCUAACAUUAGCCUAACCGCCGUCGUCCACUUGUGAAUAAGUAAAAACACGGGCGGAUGUAGAGUGCGUCUUCUACCAUCGGUUUUUCACAAUAGCUGCUAAGUACUCGCUAAUCUUAGCCAUCGGAUAAAUCGAGAAGUGUUGUAUGAUUUGUCGUAGAAAACACUUUGCUGGCUAGCUAACUGGCUAGCUAUUUGUGUGUAUUCUUCGACUGAGGAAAACGGCGAGUUUUCUUUGAAAGUAUGGAUGACCAGACCAGGAUGCUGACGGGUCUCGGCGGACUCGGUGGACUAUCACAAGCCGAUGUGGGCGACCCAGACUCGGUUAGGAAACAGCAGUCGCUCGGUCAGCCUCAACAAGACAUAGGGGAUAUCCUACAGCAAAUAAUGGCCAUCACCGAUGAAAGCCUGGACGAAGCACAGGCCAGAUGCUGGCCAGAGGAGUCGCCGGCGCAUUGGGGUGGAUCAGACGACCCCACAGAGGGAGGGGGAGCAGGGGGGGGCACGGCAGGGGGUGGCCUGCCAGUCAACUUCCAGCACAGGAAGCAUGCCCUAAACUGUCACAGAAUGAAGCCAGCCCUCUUCAGCGUUCUCUGUGAGAUCAAAGAGAAGACGGUGCUGAGUAUCCGAGGUGUUCAGGAGGAGGACCCCCCAGACCCUCAGAUCAUGCGAUUAGACAACAUGCUGCUAGCAGAGGGUGUGUCAGGACCAGAGAAGGGCGGGGGAUCGGCUGCAGCGGCUGCUGCUGCCGCAGCAGCAGGGGGCUCACCCAAUGAUGGCAGCAUCGAACACUCAGACUACAGAGCCAAGCUCGCCCAGAUCCGCCAGAUAUAUCACUCUGAGCUGGAGAAAUAUGAGCAGGCAUGCAGUGAGUUCACCAACCAUGUAAUGAACUUGCUGAGAGAGCAGUCGCGCACACGGCCCAUCUCGCCCAAGGAGAUCGAGCGCAUGGUGGCCAUCAUCCACCGCAAGUUCAGCUCCAUCCAGAUGCAGCUUAAACAGAGCACCUGUGAGGCCGUCAUGAUCCUGCGCUCUCGCUUCCUUGACGCCAGACGUAAGAGGCGUAACUUCAACAAGCAAGCGACAGAGGUGCUGAACGAGUAUUUCUACUCCCACUUGUCUAAUCCUUACCCCAGUGAGGAGGCAAAGGAGGAGCUGGCCAAAAAGUGUGGGAUCACUGUGUCUCAGGUUUCUAAUUGGUUUGGGAACAAGAGAAUACGCUACAAGAAGAACAUUGGUAAGUUCCAGGAGGAAGCGAACCUCUACGCAGUUAAAACAGCGGUGGAUGCUGCCAAUGUGUCGGCGCAGGCUAGCCAGGCUAACUCUCCGGCGACUCCCAACUCAGGGUCAUCGGGGUCGUAUAGUUUGUCUCACACUGGCGACACCUACCUUGGCCUGCGUUCACUCAACGGGGAGGGUCUCAGCAUCACCCCCUCUCUUCAGCCGCAGGUGGAUACCCUGCACCGUGCUACACACCUGACGGGCGGCUAUGAGGAGUUGUCAGGUGGCCUCUACACCCCUCACCGCCUGGAUGCUAACAACAGCUGGCAGGACACCACCAAUCCCCCCUCGGUCACCUCUCCUCCUGGUCCUCCUGGCAGCGUCCACUCUGACACCUCCAACUGAGACUGCGUCUCUUCCACCACUUCACCUCCUCCCUGCCAUCAUUUACAUUCCUGCAGUGGUCUGCUCUGACCAAAACCCUCUACCCCUAUUUUUUCAAUGCCCCUUGUCUCUCCACUAUGGCAGCCAUGCAAGGCUGUAGACACUUUUCAUAAACACACACCGUGCUGGACCACAGGACAGGACAGCAGAACAGUAGCGAGGAGGGAUUUUCCCUCCAACCCACAACUCCAUUUAAAUGCUGGAAGCUCCGUAACUCAGAAUGGAAGAGGGAUGGAGCUGACUGAUGUCGGGACAGAUUAAAAAAAAAACAAAAAAAACAAAACCAUCUUCACCAUUAAGGACUUUUUAAAACCACUGACCCAGUGUGUAGAAGAUCAUGAUGUCUGUACAUUAUCUGUGUAUAUGCACGUCUUAACUUCACACAGUGUUCACACAGCCUGUCCAUGUGCUAUUGACCUCUGCACUCGACCCUUUGCUCUGGAAAACUGUGUGUGAUUGCCUGUAUCUCAUGAGGCAUUGGCGCUGGCAUUUGACAGCAGUCAGCGGCUGUCGCCAAGCUCUGUGUUGAUACGGAUCACUAGGGAGCUCUGCUCACCUUGCUUGUACCAAAGUGCUGCCCCAGUAGUUGUCAACACAUCCGUUCCUCCAAGAACACCCUCUGGCAACUCAACACAAAGACACUCUUGUAGCUUCCAGCCCUUUCUAGCUUGGAUGUUUCGUUUUGUUGGUGGAGAUUUCAAAGUGAAUAGUUCAGAUAUGCACAAAUGUGCAUGCACCCCUCCCAAAACACACACAGACACACCUCUUUGCUUUCAGUCCCUGACAUAGUGAGCAGACAUAUGAGAUGUGUGAAGCACAAACUUUGGCACCCUUUUUCUGGGUGUUCUCUACCUGGAUACAGUAAUUAUGGGGAUCCCUUUUUUUAGCCAGUGCUAAAUCUGGCCCGGGCAGGACAGGACACAGUAGGACUGACAAGGAAGAGGAACGGGUAGAGAGACAAAAAAUAUCUUUGGUUGAGUGGAUGUAACUAACAUCCUUUUUUUGUUGCUAACCAAUAGAGGGUGUCGUAGGUGGCUUGUUAGGCUUUGCCUCUUGCUUUCUGUCAACUAGUUUAUUUUACUGUAGCUUUUUUCUAAUGCUGUUUCACCAAGAAUGCACCAGCCACCAAAAAAAGUAGCUCAAUAAAGCAUCUAAAUGAAGUUAGGAGAGAGGGGGGUGGAGAGUUUCUGGGGCAGUGAUGUGUUGUUGGGACAAAUGUGACAUGAAUUUAGAAACGUGACUGUCUUCCAUGCAUGUAGGACUUUUUAGGUGUGAUAUUGUUUUCAUUUAACCUUUCAUGUUUUUUAGCUUCACUUUCAUUAAUAACAAAAAAAAAAAGAGGAAAGGGUAUAAUGUUAUCAGACAGACCAAAAAGGAAUAAGUGCAUCAUGCGUUGCUAUGAUGUGUGUGUCUCUGCGUGGGCGCAUGUACAGUGCUCUUUGGAUGUCUCAGUCGAACUGGCUGGUGCCCUCGUACAUUUAUAAGCAGAAAGAGUGGGGGUACCCUGACAAGCCGGUGACACAUUAGACGGGCUUCAGCUGAGAUCUCCUCCCUAACUUGAAACAUGUAAGCUCACAGGCCCAAGGCAACACACUACAACUUUCUAUCGUACCAAAACCAAAAAUACCACGAUCAACAAUGUAAUAAUGCUACUCUAUGUCUCUCUAAAGUUGGUGCACAGCCACCUUUUCAGUUUAAGGAGAGGAGGGAAUUCUAUUUGUAACUGUGUCUUUCUAUGUGUGGUGUCGUCAUGCCUCAGUUUAAUUUCGUUUCGGGGCUUUUGUUGUAAGGCUUUGUGGGAGGGUGGGUGGAGUGAGGACUGUCCCACCACACCUGUUAUUUGAGCACCUGUUCCACAAGAAGGCAUGCCCCCUCCCCCUCACCCCCACCUGCCCCUCUUACCCACAGCUGUUUUGUUCUUAGUUCUUUGAUUUGGCCGAUUGGCAAGGGCUUCUCUCUCUCCUCUGUUACCAAAAAAGGCAGCACUGGGUGUAGUAAAACUCUUAACACGUGUAUUAAGACACACACGUUAUGUUUUUUGGGGAUUUUCAUCCUUUGGAACUAUUUUAUACAUCAACUCUUAUGUGAAUAACUAAGCAUUUUGAUAGUAAGAUAAAGCCUUAUGAAGAUUUCAGUGUAAAUCAAGACUUUGGUGAACCAUAAUUAUGUUACAGAGCAAAACUUGAGCUUGUAAGCCUGUCACAUAUGCUAUCCCAGAUUUAAGUACACAUUUUACUGUUACGCAUCACCUUUCAUAUGGCUGUAUCUUACAAGUAAUGUUAUCACCACACCAAAAUUACCGUGCCCCCUUUUUCUACCAGUUGUAAUGGAUGUCACUGUACAGUUUGUGGAAUGUUUCAGUAUUUUUUUCCCUCUUUUAUAAACUUUUUUGAUGUUUUGUUUUGGUUGAGAUGCCAGGUUUAUUUGGCCUUUAUUGUGUCGCAGGGUUUGCGAAUACUCUUGUUUCUAUGAAUUUUGAUUAUUAUUUGAGUUUUUUGUUACAUAACCGGGUGGAAAUGUAGGGUUCACAGGUAUAAAUACAUUUGGUGCUGUGGAAAGACUAUUUUUAUUAGCUGGGGCGUUGUAAUAAACGUACAACCUUGGAUGUGUUUCACUAUGUUGAUCCAUCCCGUCCCCUCUCGCAGACACCCUCAGCCGGCCCCUUUUCACCAAUGCGUUCUGCUUCUAAAUGCAUUUAUUUAUAACUUUGAGUGAGGCCUACUCAAACUAUUAUAUGAACUUGGAAAGGAAAUUUGAAAUUGUCUUCUGAGAAAGUAAAAUUGGAAAAGGGAGAUAGCCGUCAGUGUUUAGAUUCCAAGUAAAUCACCUAGCACGAUGGUGUUUGAUUUCUUAAAGGUUAGUCCUAGUAAUGGGGAAAUUUGCCUGGAAAAACCCCCUGAAACUAUGCAGUCUAUACAUCUGCAUAUAUGGCUGUGGGCAGGUAGUGAAAUUAUUUUACUGAGAACUUUUGACCACAAAUUUGAAGUGACAAGUUGAUUAUCGUCCUAAUUCCUCUUACACCCUGAAAAAGGGAGACAGCGUGCAAAAGGGCUGCAGUUUUUUUUUUUUUUUUUCCUUUGUUUUUUUGCUCAUCAAUGGACCUUCUAAAUAUCCAAUUCCGGUCUGCACUUUAAUCUUAGUUAUGCUAAUUUACAUCCAAAGUAGCGAGUGUACAGAGCCAAAACAUCGAUGCCCAAACCUUACUGAAGCUCACUGUUCACCUUUUCAGUCGCCUCUAAAUUUGCAAGAGGAGUGCAGUUCUAAAACACCAUCAUUUUGUAUCAAGGUUGAUCAUAAUUCUGUGUAGCUCUAAUUCUGUGAGUAAUUAUUGAUUUCCACAGCACCAAAUGAGUUCUUAAACCUUUUUUGAUUUUUGUUUUAUUAGUAUAUUUGUAUCUCCCCUCGUCUUCACUUUCCCUUGUAUUUACCCCUCUCUCUACCUCUGUCUUUCCAUUUCUCUUGUAUAUAAUCCCCACUGUUUUCAGACUUGUGAGUCUGUACGAACUCCUUUUAUACCUCAACUUUAGAAUUGUUCUAGAAAGAGUAAAACAAAAGGAAGAAUAUGACAAAUUGUAGUGUUCUUAUUAGAAAACUAAUAAAAUGAUUUAGUGUGAUUUCCCCUCCCUCCCCCUCCCCAGUAUUUGUUUUCUGGACUUUAGGAGUGUUUCAUUUUAUAAUUUGUCACAAAUGCUCUUGUGAUAGUCAAAUGUAAUAAAAAAAAAUGAGAGAUUGCACCA